AACAUAAUCCAACAGUGAAACAAAGUAGAAACACAAAAGACAAAUCAAAAUAAAAAAAAAUUUUAAAUUUGAAAGUUAAAAUUUUGAUAAAACUAAAACAGAAGUUAAUAGAUUAAAGUUUAUUAUUUUGAAAGUGUUAGAAAAAAAAAUUAGAAAUGUUCUUCAAAGUGCCCACAAGUGUUUUAUAUUUGACUUUUGCCAGCGUGUUGAUUGUGAGUCUGUAUUCGACACCGGCCCUGGCUAAACCAUGGGAUUUGUACGAUGAUGUUAGUGCUUUCUUUGAUACCAUGUCAUUGGAUGAUGUACCCGGUGCUAAAGAUGCUAAUCAAAUGGAACCCAAAGAAUUCUGUCGUAUGCCCGCCCGUAAGGGUGUGUGCCGUGCUCUAAUACCACGCUGGAGUUAUGAUGCAAACAAGAAAGAUUGUGUUGAAUUCAAAUUUGGAGGUUGUGAUGGGAACGAAAAUAAUUUCCCCAGCUAUAAGGCCUGCAUGUCCACCUGUCAGGGCAUGUAAAUCACCUAUUUAAAACUUUUUCUUUGCUUUACAAAGACAUCCAAAAAUUUUAUCAACCAAAUUAUUUUAAUUUUAAGUUUUCUUAUUUUUAAAAAACAAUUUCAUAUUGAAUGUUUUAAUUUAAUUAUUUUUAGUUAAUAAGUCUUCUUUUUUCGUGUGAUAAUCAGAAAAUGUUUUAUUUUUAAGUUUUCUUUUAUGCAUUUCAUGGAAAAUGGUAAUCAUAACCCGAUUAAAUAUUUGUAGAU